CGAGAGAGAGAGAGAGAGGCAGGCAGAGCCUCAAUAGAAGUCUAAUCGCUAAUCUCAUAGUCAAUGCAAGUUCGGGCUGUUUCCUCCGUUAGCUUCUCUGCUAGCUGACGAGCCACUUAGAGACAGAGACCCAGAAGAAGGACUUACACUUGGCCAGGGCAUGCAGGGUUGGUGUGAGUGUGUUUGUGUGACGUUCUUGACACUAGUUUGUUUGGUUGGAGUGCAGUCUGGUCUGGCAGAGGGUUUCGAGCGGUGUUUUGUUGAAGUUCUGUAUGCCUUUCGUAUGUAGAGUAGCCUGAGUUAUGCGUACAGUAAAUCAAGCAAGGAUUUGGUUGAGUUAGUAUAAGGCUGUUGUCUGUUUAGGUUAAGAGAUAGCCUAGACUCAAGAGGUGUGUGUGUGUAGGUUACCAGAGAUUAUUGUCUGAGUCAUCGUAGACUUUUUAAUCUGUAGGCAGAUCAUUUUGUUUGUAACUUUACACACUGUAGGCUAGUUUAUGUGUCUGUAUAUGUGCAAGCGUAUCUGUGUGUGUGUUUCUGUUUUGUUGCGGAGACUUGCCUGUGUGUGUGAUCGAAUAAGUGUGUGUGUAACCCUGCGUGAGCUGGUGUGUGUGCGCAUGCCCAUCAUGCCUCUGCCCGUGUCUGAAGUCCAGAGCUCUCGGAGGCUGGCAGUGGACUGCCGUACCCUCCUGGAUCACCGCGUAGGCAAGGGGGUGUGUGGCUGCUGUGGGGCCCUCAGGCCUCGCUACAAGAGGCUGGUGGACAACAUCUUCCCAGAAGACCCGGAGGACGGGCUGGUGAAGGCCAACAUGGAGAAGCUGACGUUCUACGCCCUGUCAGCGCCAGAGAAGCUGGACCGUAUCGGGGCCUACCUGUCAGAGAGGCUAUCCAGGGACGUGGCCCGACACCGCUACGGGUAUGUGUGCAUCGCCAUGGAGGCGCUGGACCAGCUGCUGAUGGCGUGCCACUGCCAGAGCAUCAACCUGUUUGUGGAGAGCUUCCUGAAGAUGGUGCGCAAGCUGCUGGAGUCUGACAAACCCAACCUGCAGAUCCUGGGAACGCACUCUUUUGUGAAGUUUGCCAACAUCGAGGAGGACACGCCCUCCUACCACCGCAGCUACGACUUCUUCGUGUCGCGCUUCAGCGAGAUGUGCCACUCCAGCUACGAGGACCCCGACAUCCGCACCGACAUCCGCAUGGCGGGCAUCAAGGGCCUGCAGGGCGUGGUGAGGAAGACGGUCAACGACGAGCUGCAGGCCAACAUCUGGGACCCCCAGCACAUGGACAAGAUCGUCCCCUCCCUGCUCUUCAACCUGCACAGCCGACAAGGCACCGAGAGCCGCUCCCCCUCCCCCCUGCAGGCGUCAGAGAAGGAGAAGGAGAGCCCGGCCGAGCUGACGGAGCGCUGCUUCAGAGAGCUGCUGGGCCGCGCCGCCUACGGCAACAUCAAGAACGCAGUCACGCCCGUCCUCAUGCACCUGGACAACCACUCCCUGUGGGAGGGCAAGAGCUUCGCAGUGCGCUGCUUCAAGAUCAUCAUGUACUCCAUUCAGUCGCAGCACUCUCACCUGGUCAUCCAGCAGCUACUGGGUCACCUGGACGCCAACAGUAAGAACUCAGCCACAGUGCGUGCUGGGAUAGUGGAGGUGCUGCUGGAGGCAGCCGCCAUCGCAGCCAGCGGUUCCGUAGGCCCCACGGUGCUGGAGGUGUUCAACACUCUGCUGAGGCAGCUGCGCCUCAGCGUGGACUACGAGCUGACGGGCUCCUACGACACCGGGGGCAACAUCGGCGCCAAGAUCAUCAAGACCCACGAGGAGAGGCAGCUGCAGGAGGCCGUCAUCAGGACCAUCGGGUCGUUUGCUAACACCCUGCCUACCUACCAGCGCUCUGAGGUGAUGCUGUUCAUUAUGGGCAAGAUCCCUGUACCAGGAGUCCAUCCUGGACUCACUUCAGCUGUCUCUGGGCCUGAGGCGACCAGGAUGAUCCAGGUGAUGCUGCUCAAGUCCCUGGUUCAGGUGACCACAGGCUUCCAGACCACCAACAUCCUGACAGCCCUGCCCACCUCCUUCCUGGAGCCCCUGUUGUCUCUGCAGGACGACCCCCAGGUCAGGCUCCUGGUGCUCAGCAUCCUCCUCAGCCUCAUCGAUCGCCAUGACAACAGGCCCAAGUUCUCUAGCAUCAGCAUCCUGGCAGACAUCUCUGUGCUCAAGCUCAAAGCGGACAAGUGUUCCAGACAGGACAACUUGUUCAUGAAGAAGCAUGCCCAGCAGCUGUACCGCCACAUCUACGUGGGCUGUAAGGAGCCGAGCAGCAGCCAGCCCCACUACGAGAGCCUCUACACCCUCCUGGCCCUCAUCAGCAUGGAGCUGGCCAACGAGGAGGUGGUGGUGGACCUCAUCCGCCUGACCCUGGCCCUGCAGGACCUGGCUCUGUCCCCGGAGGAGUCUCUGUCCGUGUACAACCGCUGUGCCGUCCACGCCCUCGCCGCCGCCUACCUCAACCUCAUCUGCCAGCUCACCACCGUCCCCACCUUCUGCCAGCACAUCCACGAGGUGAUAGAGGUGAGGCAGAAGGACUUCCCCCACCUCUUACCAGAGGACGUGUUCAUCGACAACCCCAAACUCCCAGCCUCUCUAGAGAAGCUGGAGGGGGAGGUGCUGUUCCAGCAGUCCAAGAUCACUGAGGUUCUGGGGGGCAGCGGCUACAACACAGACCGACUGGCCACACCCUACGUACCCCAGUUCACAGAUGAGGACCGCCUGUCAAAGAGGAAGAGCAUUGGAGAGACCAUCUCACUGCAGGUGGAGGUGGAGUCCAGGAACAGUCCAGAGAAGGAGGAGAAGACUCCAGCAGAGGAGAUCACGUUUGAAACCUUGAAGAACGCCAUCGUGGACAGCGUGGGGAUGGAGGAGCAGGAGAAAGAGCGCCGGAGGCUGGUGGUGGAGAAGUUCCAGAAGGCCCCCUUCGAGGAGAUAGCUGCCCACUGUGGUGCCCGGGCCACCUUGCUGCAGAGCAAACUCAAUCAGAUCUUCGAGAUCACCAUCAGGCCUCCUCCCAGCCCUUCCGGAACCAUCUCAUCAGGCUACGGCCAGACGCAGAGCCGCUCGGUCCCCGUCUACGAGAUGAAGUUCCCCGACCUCUGUGUCUACUAGGAUGCGGGGUCAGGGGU